AUGGGUUACGGCGUUGGGCGAGGGAAGUCCUGGGGCCGUGGCUUUCGAAGCAUACGUGACGACGACUGGGGCCGCGGAGGCAAGUCGGCCUGGAAUGGGCGUGCCAGCUACAAAGGCAAAGGCAAGGGCAAGGCCUAUGGAGGUCGCGGGGGUGGGGUCUGGCGAUCGAUCGUAAAGCGGCCGUACGGAAAGGCCUACGGCCGAGGAAAAGGCCAGAAAGGCGGGUACGGCUAUGGCGGCUACGGCCGCGGUCGCUACGGCUAUGGCCGUGGACGAUACGGCAGAGGGAGCUACGGCCGCGGGGGGAAAGGCCGAGGGUACAAAGGAGGCCGAAAAGGCAAGGGCAAGGGAAAGGGCAAGGGAAAGAGGAACCAGGUUACCAAGGAGAUGCUAGACCGCCAGUUGGAGGAAUACAUGGGGCCGGACGCGAUGAAGGCCAUGCUAGACCUGGAGUUGGAAGCCUACUUCAAGGACAAGAAAAGCUUGGAAGCUCCGAAAGCAGAGGCCGCCGGCAAUCCGUGA